AUGGCGAGUAAUUAUAAUGGCCGCAGCAGAUGGUGGAUGCUGCUGUGCUGUAGUACCCCUGUAGAACCACCUGAGGACGUGUUCACAGAACCCCAAGUGGCUGCUUCAACCACACCCCAGGAAGAGCAUUUAAUUGUUGGAAAUUAUCGGCUCCUUCAAACCCUUGGAAAGGGCUCAUACGCUGAAGUCCGGCUGGCUCAGCACAUAAAGACGGGCAAGCAGGUUGCGGUUAAAAUCAUUGAUAAGAACAAUUUUGAUCCUCUUUGUGUGGAGCAGAUUUCCCAAGAGAGUAAAUUCCUCCGGCUGUUAAACCACCCCAACAUAGUUCAGCUGUACGAGGAGAUUGAGACCAGUGAUGCCCUUUAUUUUGUCAUGGAGUAUGUAAGCGGAGGUAAUCUUUUUAAUUACCUAAAGGAUCAUGGCCGUAUGGAAGAGAACAAAGCCCAUGCCCUGUUCCGCCAAAUGGUGUCAGCAGUAAAUCAUUGUCACCAAAAUGGCAUUCUACAUGGUGACCUAGCGCCUGAUAACAUCCUUGUAGACGCUGAUGGAAAUAUCAAGAUAUCAGAUUUUGGUAUAAGUUCUUGGAUCACUCCAGAUUAUGGGCCAGAAGUUGACCUCUAUUCCCUGGGAGUGGUUCUGUAUGAGAUGCUGACCUGCUACAGACCUGACUAUGGUGCAGAACCAGUGCAAAUGGUGCAGCUUGAUAGCGAGGGCUAUCAUGAUGUUCCGUAUUACAUCUCCAAUGACUGCAAGAACCUUCUGCUGAAACUCAUGUUACGCGACCCCAGCGCGAUAUAUUCAAUAUCGUGUGACUUUUCAGAGACACUGGAGGGCACAUGCACUGGAUUGUAUAUACUGAAUGUCCUGUAA